AUGUUUAUGCUCCGGAACCUGGGUAAACUUGUCUUUGGCGAUAACUCAAAAGAGACGAUUGUCGAAAUCCCCCAGGGCCAGCUCUACAUUGUCCGCCCCCGCUCUGUCAAGGGCUAUUCCGAGCUCAUUUUCAAAGACGCCGCAGCCACCAUCCGCCGCACGGGACAGGAGUUCCAGUACCAGCUUGUCGUCCAGCGCGCAUACGAGGAGGGCGAGGAGGACCUGCUUGCAGACGAGGACGAGGACGCGGCGCUGGGUGCGCUAGCAGGAGACAAGGACGAGAAGACAUUUCUGCUUGACGAGGACCUGCAGUUUCGCGACGACGUCCGCUCCACCGGCGAGAAGAUCUUUGCCUGGCGCGACCUGAGCGGCGACAUCGACGACCUCUGGGAGUUUGUGUGCGACCCGUCAGUCAAGCCCGAGACCGCUGAUCUCUUUGAGCGCGUGGCCCUGCAGUGCCAGUACGAGAGGAAGUUCAGGCGGAGCCACGUCCACGCGACCGAAGACGAUCUCGCUGCCCUCGCUUACUACGAAGAGCCCAUUCCCGACGCAAGUCCCAUCGUCAGCCCCACAAGCUCAACUACGUUCGUCAAGCCCAUCGAGCUCCCAACCACCCAAGACCUAUUUCCCAACACUACAAAGGAGACAAUGGCGAAGAAGGCUGCUGGAAAGGGCGCUGUCCCAGAGCACGAAGAGGCUACUGCCGCGCCACCAUCUGCCGCGCAGCCACAGGCCCUUGAGACGCUGGUUGAGGGAGAUGCUGAGCUCCACCUCUUCGACUUCCCGUCGGGCACCUUUAUCAGGCAAGAUGCCAAGGUCAACGUUACGGUGACUGAAAUCGGCGACUGGGACUACUGGUUACACAUUGUGGGCGAGGAGCGCGAGUGGCUUGGACAGCCCAUUGUGGAGGACAUCAACCCAGUUUUCAACUACGAAUACAAGUCUUUUAUCUUCAAUCACUACCUGGAAGACGGCUCCGCAUACUCAUGGCUUCUGAAAUUCAACGAACAGGAAGAGCUGGAGAACAUGCAACAGGGUGUCAUGCAGGCACUCUGGGAACACCUGAACAAGACGAAAUGGGGCAAAGCAAAGGAUACGGACCGCGAGUACGUUCUGGAAGCAUUCCAGGACAUGACCAUGGAGGAUGUGCCAGAAGAAGAGCAGGAGGAGGAGGAGGAGGAAGAAGAAGAGGAAGAAGAGGAGAUUAAUGACCAACGCAGCGAGCACUACGAUUCAGACGAGUCUGAAGACGAUGUCGAGACCCGCCCCAAGGACGGAGACGAGAACUCGCAGCUGGCUGUUGGCUACAAACACGACAGAUCGUUUGUUGUGCGUGGUGACAAGAUUGGUGUCUUCAAGCACACUGCCGACAACCAACUACAAUUUUCCACCACCAUUUCAAACAUCAAGACUCCAAAGGGCAAGGCUUUCAACCCCAACAAGGUCAUGCUUCACCAGCAGGAUCGGGAUAUGAUUCUGCAAAACUUGGAGAACCCCAACAACCUUUACCGGAUGGAUCUGGAGACUGGCACUGUUGUGGACGAAUGGAAGGUACACGACGACAUUCCAGUCAAGGUCUUUGCACCAGAGAAUAAAUUUGCUCAAAUGAGCGGCGAACAGACUUUCUUGGGUCUCUCAGGCAAUGCCCUCUACCGCAUAGAUCCUCGCCUGUCUGGCAACAAGCUUGUCGAUGACCAGCUCAAACAAUAUGCUACCAAGAAUGCCUUUUCCGCUGCUGCAACCACUGAAAAGGGUCACAUCGCCGUGGCUUCGGAGAAGGGAGACAUUCGUCUGUUUGACAGACUGGGUAUCAACGCAAAGACUCUGAUCCCCGCGCUAGGCGACCCCAUCAUUGGCAUGGACGUCUCGGCAGACGGCCGCUGGGUGCUUGCCACUACGCGAACCUACCUUCUCCUCAUUGACGCACUUCAAAAAGGCGGCAAGAAUGACGGUAAACUUGGAUUUGAAAAGUCAUUCGCCAAAGAUGACAAACCACAACCCCGCCGGCUCGCCCUUACGCCCGCCCAUGUCGCGCAGUUCCAACACGAGACCAAAGCCCCAAUCUCGUUUACCACUGCACGCUUCAAUACCGGUCUCGAAGACAAGGAAACCACAAUUAUCACUGCUACUGGUCCCUUCAUUGUCACCUGGAGUCUGAAGAAGGUUCUUGCUAACCGCAAAGAUCCCUACAGCAUCAAGCGCUAUGCCGAAGAGGUCAAGGCUGAUAACUUCAAGUUUGGCUCCGAUAAGAACUUGAUUGUCGCGCUACCCAAUGAAGUGGACAUGGUUGCGAGAAGGGCGCUGCAGCGGCCAACUCGGGAAAGUAUCGCGACACCAAGCUUUGUUGGUGGUGGCAGGAGGAGUGGGGUGCGUGGAAGCUACCUCGGCCGGAACGACAUUGUCAACAGUCCUUACUAGGAUUUGCGGUGGGUGCGGGGUGGUAGGAACGUGACUUUUUACGAGAUGCAAAUCGGGAGUGAUUGCAAUGAGUCGACCCGUGGGGAAUGAUGAUGGCGAUGGCGAUGGCGAUGGCGAUGGCGAUGGCGUUGGAGAUGGCGUUGGCGUUUGGCUAUUUCGUCGCUCUCAGGCUUUGAUCAUGUUGGAGUAGGAGUUCACGUCGUGAGCAGAAUGUUUUCCACGUCAUGUGAGUAGGACGGUCUCCAUGUCAUGUGAGCAGGACAUUCUCCACGUCAUGUGAGCGGGUUGAACCCAUUAUGAUUCACCUUGCAUGACUUUUAGCAAUGCAUCAUGGAAUG